UGUCAGUUAGACAUGGCUGCUACUCUUUCUGCCGGGGUUUUCUCUCGGUUUGCAACUAGGAAAUAUCUCUUAUUGCCAGGCCAUGCAAGACGAUGUAUUUCGGUGUCUUCAUCACUGGCAGCUCGAACACACGUCAGCUACGAGCUCAAGGAUGAUGUUGCGGUUAUCCGACUCAAUGAUCCAGCAUCCAAGGUGAACACACUGUCUGUGCAGAUGCAGUCUGAGUUGACAGAAGUGAUGGGUGAGAUUUGGUCCAACGGAGCUGUAAAAAGUGCCGUUCUUAUUUCCAGCAAACCUGGCUGCUUUAUCGCUGGAGCGGAUAUCAAUAUGAUCCAGGCCUGCAAGAGCAGUGAGGAGGUUACCCGCCUCUCCCAGGAAGGUCAGAAAAUGUUUGAGAGGAUUGAGAAGUCUCCCAUCCCUAUUGUGGCUGCCAUCAAUGGCUCCUGUUUAGGUGGAGGCCUUGAGUUUGCCAUAGCCUGCCAGUAUCGAAUCGCUACCAAAAGUCGAAAAACAGUUCUGGGCACACCAGAGGUCAUGCUUGGUCUGCUGCCUGGAGCGGGUGGCACCCAGAGACUACCCCAAAUGGUGGGUCUCCCUGGAGCGUUUGACAUGAUGCUGACAGGCAGAAACAUCCGGGCUGAUAAAGCUAAGAAGAUGGGGCUAGUGCACCAGCUUGUGGACCCUCUGGGUCCCGGAGUGAAGCCUGCAGAGGAAAGAACAAUUGAAUACCUGGAGGAAGUAGCAGUGGGCGUGGCUAAGGGAAUAGCCAACAAGACUGUUCCUCUUGCCAAGCAGAAAAGUCUCAUGCAGAAGCUCCAGGACACAGUGAUGGGUCUGGGUCCAGUCAAGAAGAAGAUCUACAACACCGUUACUGAGAAGGUCCAGAAACAAACCAAAGGACUCUACCCUGCUCCUGUCAAAAUCAUUGAGUCAGUGAAGACUGGAGUGGAGGAAGGAAAAGAAGCGGGCUAUCUGGCCGAAUCUGAGAACUUUGGGAAGCUGGCAGUGACAUCAGAGUCCAAAGCCCUGAUUGGCCUGUAUCAUGGUCAGGUUACUUGUAAGAAGAACCGAUUUGGCACGCCAAAGAAGGAAGUCAAGACUCUUGCAAUCCUGGGUGCAGGUCUAAUGGGAGCAGGCAUCGCUCAGGUAUCCGUAGACAAAGGACUCAACACCAUAUUGAAGGACAACGCAGUCGAUGGCAUCAGCAGAGGAGAAGAGCAGGUCUACAAAGGUCUGAACACCAAGGUGAAGAAGAGAGCGCUGUCGUCAUUUGAGCGGGACGCCACAAUGUCCAACCUCUCCACGCAGCUGGACUACACGGGCUUCUCAUCCGCCGACAUGGUGAUAGAAGCCGUGUUUGAGGACAUCAGUAUUAAACACAAAGUCCUCAAGGAGGUGGAGGCUGUGAUCCCUUCUCACUGCGUGUUCGCCUCCAACACUUCAGCGCUACCCAUUAAGGAUAUAGCUGUUGCAAGCAAACGGCCUGAAAAGGUGAUCGGCAUGCACUACUUCUCACCGGUGGACAAGAUGCAGCUGCUGGAGAUCAUCACCACCGAUAAGACAUCCAAAGACACACUGGCCUCGGCUGUCAGCGUGGGCCUCAAACAGGGCAAGAUUGUCAUCGUUGUUGGAGAUGGCCCUGGGUUUUACACCACUCGCUGCUUGGCUCCCAUGCUGGCAGAAGCUGUCAGGGUGCUUCAGGAAGGUGUCGGUCCAAAGAAGCUUGACAGCUUGACAACCAGCUUUGGUUUUCCCGUUGGCGCGGCAACACUUGCUGAUGAAGUCGGCAUUGAUGUGGCAGCUCAUGUGGCCGAGGAUCUGGGGAAUGCUUUUGGUUCUCGCUUUGGAGGUGGGAAUGUGGACGUUCUGAAGACCAUGGUAGAGAAAGGCUUCAAAGGUCGCAAAUCAGGAAAAGGCUGUUUUAUCUAUGGCAAAGCCACAAAAGACAAGCGCGUCAAUCCCGAUGCUGAAGCCAUCCUCAAGAAGUACAGACUCUCUGCCCCCCCCACAGUAUCAUCCGACUCCGACAUCCAGUACAGACUAGUGUCUCGCUUUGUCAACGAGGCCGUGUUGUGUCUCCAGGAGGGAAUCCUGAUGAAUCCAAUAGAGGGAGACAUUGGCGCUGUGUUUGGACUCGGCUUCCCCCCCUGCCUGGGAGGUCCUUUCAGGUUUGUGGACGCGUUUGGUGCAGAGCGUCUCGUCAGUACCAUGAGGCGUUUUGAGGAAGUGUAUGGAAACCAGUUUACGCCAUGCCAGCUCUUACUGGACCACGCUAAAGAUUCCAGCAAGAAGUUCCACAAGUGAUCCGUCUUCUUUAAAUCAUUUGGCCAAAAAGAAACCUCUUCGACAUUGAUCACUUACCAUUUUUUCUCAAGUCAGAAUAUUUGAUACAUGUACUGUACUGAUACUGUACAGUCCUCCCUCGCUACAUCACACUUUCAUUGUAUCGUGCUUUUUUAUCCCCAAAAAUGAAUUUAGCAAGCGACCUCUGACUUAUUGUUCACUGUGGCCUAUUCUGUCAAAUUGAUAUACUGAAAGACAUGUGCUAUGUAGCAUUCUGGUCACUGGGCGAGACAUUACCUUACCGCUGCAUGGAGUCAGCCAUGGCGUUUUGUUUGGAAGUGGUCAUUUUUUGGCAGGGAAAAAAGUUCUCCUCCCAUUUCAUGUGGAAGUGGUAAUUUUUUAAUACUCUUUUAGACACUUAGCUUCUGAUUUAUUCGUUCUAACUCAGUUGUCUGCCAUGUUUAAAGCAGCGGCCGUCUCGUGUCCGUGCAGUAGUUCCGUGGCCUGUGCAAUGUGGUGUAAGGAGUAAUGCUAAAUGAUAAUAACUGUAAUCCUAAAUAUCUACAGCAUACUUAGUGGAAUCUUCUGCUCACCCCAAGUUGUUUACUUGCUGACUCUAGAAAUUGAAAAUCAAUUCAUUUUGCCUUUUGAUAGAACAGAUGUUGGCUUCGCCUUGGGAGGGCCGCGUCAUACUCUUUACUAACUUAUGUCAAAGUGUUACAUCAACAUGGUGGAUGUGAUUUGUUAGUCGUACACAAUAACAGCAUGCAAAUACCAACCGAAUGUAAGUCAUCAAGAAUGUAGUGAUUGUGAAACACUGUUGCCUCAGUAUGUACUAUCAUCGAUUAUGUCAUCAUUUUUGAAGUUUGCAUCAUGUAACAGGCCUUACGAUGUUAAUAGUUUUUUUUUUAAAGCCAUGUUAAACUGUUGGAUCACAGUGUUCAAUGAUGAAGUGAAAGAAGUGUCAACAAAUAAAUUCAAGCAUGAUUUAA